AUGCUCGCUCUGCAAAAGACCUCUAGCCCGACGCGCAAGUGUACCACCAACAUACUCCCAUGCCGCGUCCAUCAUGACGGGCCUAUCAAGGUGACGAAGCGAUACUGGUCACCCCAAGACGAAAAUGAUGGUUCCAAAACAUCCCACUUCCGUGGCCGAAGAUUACGUGGAAGAGUCAUGAGAUUACCCGCAGGCUAUCGAGGUGUUGUUGCACGAUCUACCGAACAAUAUCUCCCUCAACCUGUGAAAGGCGGUCCGAAAUUCACCGCUGUGGACGAAGACAUUGAGAUUGAGGAAGAGGAGGAGGAGCCUCCAGAGCCCGUGAAAGUACUCGAAGAAGUCGCAACUUUUGGUGAUGUGAUUGUAUGGGGACAUGAUCGCAUUCCAAACCAAGACGACACUUUUGUCAAGGGCGUCGAAGAAUGGAUCUCUUUCGCCGAAGCCAUACAUGGAACGCCUACGAAGACACAAGCCGCAGCAGACGACCGCUAA